UGAAAUCUAGUCGAUGAGGAAAAUGUUUAUUUCCGUGUUGAACUACAAGGUAAACACAAGGAAAAUAAAUUUAUGUUGUGUCGAGAAAAAAUUGUGCGUCCGUAAAUUACACAUCAAAACUGUAUUCUGAUUUUCAAGUAAGUUAAAUUUGCUGUCAGCGAAACCACUCUCAAGAUAUCUGUUUUGUCAAUCGUCCCCAAGGAUCUAUAUGCAACAACAGGAAACCGACCAGCAUGCUGCAAGGAAGAUCAUGGAUAUUAACAUGCCAUACCAAGACAAACAGGGGAGAACGUGUGGAUUUCUGAAUAUCCUAGAGAAGGAGUCCUCCACAAGCUCCAAACGGAGAUACUUCAUACUGGAGCCACAUGAGGAGUCGCUCAAGUUCUACAUCGACAAUCCUAAUAACUUACCCCCAGACCAACAAAGUCCUUGUGGUGAAAUCAGUACUGCUGUUAUAUCAAAGGUUAGUGAAGUCUCUAAGAAGCAGAAGCCUAAGCUCGAUUCCCUCUUUGUAAUAAAUCAUGCAGGGAAAGCAUUUUAUUUACAAGCAGAGAGUACAGAGGAUAUGCAUGGAUGGGUUUAUGCAUUAAAUAACGUCAGUAAAAUAACAGUGCCAGAGGAGAAAUCAAAGAAUUUAAAUGAUCCUGAAGCUGGAUACAAAACAGAGAUUGCUGGAGGGGUACCUAUCAAAAUACCAAUAAAGAAUGAAAAUGCUAAUGAAUCGGGUGCCUCAAGUGACAGUGAGGAAAAUGCUGAGAACCCGAAAACAACAGCAGCUUUGCAAGUGGCUCUUAAAAAGGGUUACUGCGUCAAACAGGGAGGAGUGAGAAAAAACUGGAAGAGAAGAUAUUUUGUCGUAAACAACAGUGGCUUGGCCUACUAUACCCAUGAUCAGUCAGAAGAACCCUUGAGGCUUGUGCCCAGAAGUGAUAUCACAGACGUCAGAAAGGCACCUGUGUCUCCAGGAGUGAGGGACAAUUUAUUUGAAGUGGCCACAACAAAAAGAACUUUCUAUAUACAGUGUGAUACUCCAGAAGAUGUUCAGGAAUGGGUGUUAGCGAUAGAAAAACUUAUAAAUAACCAGGCAUCACAAAGAAGAAGUGGAGGUAACAUAGACCCCAACGAAGUUGACCUCUCAGUGACCAAGGUCUUCCCUCAGAACAAAUGGAAAGAUACACCUGUCAAAUAUGAUGUGAACAGUCAGGAGGUUGCGAUUGUUUCCCCACCUCCAGAACAAAGUGAAUCAGGGCUUAAAAGACAGGGCAGUAGAUUAAAGAGGAAAUUACAGCGGGUCCGCAACAAAUGAAAUAUUCAGCAGCAUAUAAACAGUAAUUAACGCAAAGGUCACUCAUCUAGUCUAACAAACAAUAUAACUUGUUCAUGUAUCUAAAAAUGUUUUUUACAGUUUGAAUUUGAUAGAUCUGUGCAUAUAAACUGCAUAUACUGGUAUUAAUAGAAAACGGUUAUAAUGUAGAAAAAUAUGCGUCCAUUAUUCAUUUAUUAUAAAGCUUUACAGAACUAUGAUCAGUCAGGAACGUGUAGACAACAAGUGUUGAAUUUGUAUUGAAUAAUUGCAACAAAUAGUCAAUAGUGUUUGUGUAUGCAGUAUUAACAGAAUCUAUACAAUAUUUGCCACUGAGUCAAAACAAGUAUAAAUGUAGCCAUUUAUUGAUCUCAUUUGCCUAUUCUGUUUUGAAAUUUCGUAUUCAACUGCUCUCUUGCAAGAACUAGUGAUGGUCAGUUGUUUUGAUAAAGAUAUCACAUAUCGUACUUGAUCAUUUACAUCAGACAUCGGUAAUUUACAGGUUUUUUGAAAUGUAAAUUACCAUAUAUCCAUUUUUUUCCUGCUGACUGACUUCUUUAAUUUGUAAGCCAGGGCAUUUUCUUUCUCAAUCCCUAAUCGCAAAAAUUGUUGCAACAUUAGAGAAUCCAUAGAGAGUACUGAAGAAUGAUUAAUGAUUACAAUAUUUGCCAUUUCUAAUCCAUCUAAUCCUAAAACUGUACUGUACGUUAAGAUAGAUAUGACCCAAAACUUACAAACUAAACACACACUGUUUAGAUAUUUUGCUAUUUAUUAAAAUUAGCCACUAAUCCAUAAAUUGUGCAUGGAAAAACCCCAAUGGAUGUAUUGACACUUAAAGUGGGGGUCUAAUCUAUUGCUACGUGCAUAGUUAGAAAAUCUAAGGGAGUAAAAUUUGUCUGUUUUAUUGGUAUUAUUUUAGAUAGGUGCAGAACUGUAGCUCUCUUGGGAAAAAUGGGAUAGUACUCUGGAAAUUUUCCAUGCAGAGAUCCAUUUUUAGAGAGAGAGAGCUAAAGUUCUACAGCUUUUAGAGGUUGGUGGUCGUGAUGGUAAAAAUAAAUUUCCAGAGCAAUUUUGUUUUUCUGUUCUGAAUAAUGUUAUCAUUAGAUUAAAUAUAGAAUGUAGUAUAAUUCUUUUGAUUAGUGAAACGAAAAUAUGAAAAGGUACCAUGAGAAAGAGCAGGUUAAAAACUUCAGUGCAUUAGGAACAUCCAAAAGAGGAUGUGUAGAUUUAGUAUGAACACGGUUCAUUAUACAUGUAGAACCUAGCUGUUUAGCAUCAUGCAAGAUAAUCAGUUCAAAUCUUUUUGGGUUGGGGAAUAAUCUCUUUAAAAUCAUGUUAUUCAAAACAAAUUUAAUUUAAAUUCAUUAAUUUUAAUGAAUGUUCUUUAACCCUCCAUGGAACAAAGCCCUUUUGGACUAUUUAUGGCCCUUUUGCUGUUUUAUGAAUGAUAAUGAUCGAAUAUCCUAAAUACCAUGAAAGAUCCUUGAUUAGGGUUUUCAUCUCCUUGAAUUGAAGGUCAUACAUAGUUUUUUAUGCAAUUUUUUCAAUCUUUCAUACAAAUUUAACAUUUGCAAUGUUGAUUUCACGUCUAAAGUCAUAGAUUUCUCCUUCAUAAAACACUACAUUUUAUUAUUCUAGAAAAUAUUAUCACACAACUUGAAACAUUCCUUUACUUUUUUAAAACAUUGAGACGGUGGAAAGAUCUCUAAUUAGGAUUAGCUGAUUUAGAUACAUUACUUUAAUUAAUUUUCUCUUUAGUGAUGUAAUUUAAAAGCAUUUUAAAACUCAUCCUGUUGACAAGGAAAGAAAUCUGAACCAUCUUGACUAAAUAUUUCACCAAUGAUUUCAUAAUAAGAUUAAGUCUGGUAUGCCUUAGAUGAUGAUAUCAAAACAAAUUAUUUUGACAUUACAAACUUUAAAAGGCAUGCAUCUACCAUACCAUUUUCAAAUAGUGAAUAAUUUAGCCAUUACUUUCCUUAAAUAUCUGGGUUCUCUUCUUGCUACAAGGUGAUGACAUAAACUAGCAGAAAUGCAUGCAUCAAAUUGUUUAUGUUUAAUUUUGAAAAUCAAACACACAGAACAGCAGUAUGGUUGAUUUCUAACGGCAAUACAUGUAUACGACACAAAUUCUCUUGAAUAAAACACACUUUAAGUCAUAACAUCCUUUGUUAAACAAGAGAUUGUAGACAUUGAUUUACAGACAAGAUAAUAUCUCCUAGUACAGUUUUAUCUACAAAUUGAAUGCUUUAAACCACAUGUUGUGUAUUUGCUGUAUGAAUUUGACAUGAGAAGUACAGCAUUUAACUUUUUAUAGUAUAUAUGAAAUAUAUAUGAAAUGUGAUGUAUGUUUAUAUUGUGUAUAAGAAUGUAGGAAGGUGUUUUUAUCUUCAGUCUAGUGCUUGCUACAAGAAAUUUUGUUGAAUUAAUUUAUAAUAAUUUUGCUCUUUUAUCCAUUAUGCAUGAAGAUAAUUCUCUUUUACAUGUUUAGUGAACAGUGUUUAUGAUUUUUAUUACUGUACAUGCAGCAUCAUAUAUAUGUAUAUCUAUAGAACAAGUUUUAAGAUGUGGUAUACAGAAAAAAAACCUUUUUACUAUCUUCAUUUUACAUUCCAUUCACUCAGUAUUUAAAGUGUGAGGUAAAUUAUCUCAUCUACCAAGAAGAGAGAUAUUCAUGUUACUAUAAAUAGUGUGAUGCAAUUUCACAUUUUUGGACCAUUAUCAGGUGAAAGGAAUUUUUCUGUAUACGUCAUUAUAUAUGAGAUUCAAUGUACCCAGCAUGAACUUUCUCCAAAAUAUCAGUUUUGUGUGCUCCGUAGACAGUCAGGGCUCUCACUAAAACAUGUAAUGUAACUGAUUUAAGUCAUUUUCUGAAAUCCAUAUAUCUGGUUAUUCAUUUCCAAAGUGGAGAAAAUGCAGAAAGGGGUGAAAAAUGCACAAAAAUAAAUAACACUGUAUGAUUGAGUUAAGCAUUAUUUUGUUGAGUUUUUUUCUAGUAAAGUCAUAAAAGAUGUUCUAGGCACCACUUUGGUGAGUUUGCCCCUUAAACCAGUAAUAUUUAAGUAUUGAAUAAUUUUUUGUUGUUGACAUCUUUUGUACUUGUAACAUGGAACAACGUCCAGACUAAUUGAGAAACAUGUGUUAUGAUCAUUUGUUUGCAUAGCAUUUCUUGUAAUAUGUACAAAAAAUCGUUAAUGCUUAUGUUGACAUUAUAUUUUCAAUAAGAUACUUUGAAAUUUACUUAUUACUCCAUACAUGUCUGAAAUUAACAAACAGCCACACACUCGAUACUGGUUUUAUCUAGUUCUACAACACAAAGACCUCCAUGAGUACAGUUUUAAGUCCUGAUUUGCUUGGGCCAGGACAGGCUCUCAAAGCUUGCGAUGUAGUUGAAUGGGGGGGGGGGGGGGGGGGUUAUAUUGGAAUGUACAGUAAUGUAAAACUUAUACGGUACCAAUUUUGAUGCACCAGAUGCGCAUUUUGACAAAUGAUGUCUCUUCAGUGAUGCUCAACUGAAAUGUUUGAAAUCCGAAAUAACAAUGAAGUUUUAAAGCUAUUAUAGGGAAAAACAGUGUGCCAAAAAAAGUGGAGUCAAAUUCAUCUAAGGAUAAGAGCUAUGCGUGAGGGAGAUAAUCCUUAAUUUUGAAAUGAAUUUCUAAAUUUUAUAACAGCAAUUAAAUAUACCUCCGUAAUUUCAAGCUAGUAACAAAGUACAUUUACUUAGCUAUUGGGCUGUAGAGACCCUCGGGGACAAACUGUCCACCAGCAGAGGCCUGGACCCAGGGGUCAUAAUAUAAGUGUACUCUAUUGUACUCAGUAAUUAGUUACAUUAAAAGAUAGCUUGUUUGAGUGAGGUCCUUGACUGGUAAACCUGAAUAUAGUUUCUUGUUUGAGUGAGGUCCUUGACUGGUAAACCUGAAUAUAGUUUCUUGUUUGAGUGAGGUCCUUGACUGGUAAACCUGAAUAUAGUUUCUUGUUUGAGUGAGGUCCUUGAAUAUAGUUUCUAUGAGUUCCUACUGCUGAAUGUACUGUAUUAAGCAAUUCUGUGUAGUACGUAUAUUUACAAAUUUACAAAGUAUUUGUAUGUAUGUGUUGUUUGCUGAUAUCUUAAGCUUUUUAUUGAAUGUGAUUUACAUGUUUGUGGAUUAGGUUUUUCUGUAAUUAGAAUAACCAAUUGAUGUCAGCAUUGUGAUUUUUAUACAAUGUCAUUAGUGUAGAGUUACAAGGUGCCCAUUUUUCAGAAUUUUGAAAUAUUAAUUUUUUAUCAUAAAAUGUAGCGAAAAUCUUUUCUAUAAUAAGGAUUUUAGUUUACAAAAAUUAAAUGAAGUUUACUCAAGUUUUCUUUUAAAUGCAUAAAUGGACAGAGAAAUCAUUUACAAAAAUAUCUGUUGUGAAUAAGAAUUCUUUAAAUGCAUAUUUAACAAAAGAUGAAUUGGUGGAUAGACAUAUUUUGAUAUUAGACGUACUACACAUGCAGUAGCAAUUUACUUCAAUCAUUGAAACAUACGCGUAUGUAUAUUGUACUAGAAACACACAUGUAUAUUGUACUACAAACGUACGCGUAUGUAUAUUGUACUACAAACAUACACGUAUGUAUAUUGUACAAAGAAUUGCAGACAAAUACAAGGAAAGUAUUGUGUCAUCAGCUACAAAAGACCUAUCUUUCUGGAUGAAAUCAUUUUUGUUUUGUUCCAAAGUGAAAUUUGAAGGUUGCACAUUUCAUCAAAUAAAGACUUUUUAAAAAUCUUA